AAAAAAAAAAGCCAACUGCCACGACUCACUUCCUCCUCUCACUUCUGCACACGUUUCCUGCCAGCUCUUCUUAACCUCUUUGUAUAAGAUUUGAUUUGAGGUGCUUCCAAUCUUCUGGGUCAGAUAUGUUCCUGCCUCAGUGGUGCUGUGGAUACAGUCUCUAGAAUCUAGGUGCUGUUAAUGGACACUUUUCCUGACGAGCAGAAUGCAAGGCUGUGACAAUUGAAAGAAGUCAAAUGUGAAGUCUCUGCUUCAGGGAUCCAUUUUAGGGCAUUCUGGAAAAAGCUGUCUGGAGUAGUGACGUCUGUCUUUAACAAGCCUGUGGAAGCUUCUUUAAUCUUUGCAGCAGUCAUCUGUGAGCUGAAAGGAAGAAACUCAACUGAAUUCAGGAGGAGGUUUGAAACUCAAAACUGUGGAGAGGUUGAAAAAGCCUUGCAUUCUUUCAUGUCUCACAGCUACAAUGGACACAUCAAGAGUCUAUGUCAAUGUAAAGACCUUUAGGACCCCAGGACACAAGUGUGCAUCACCUCCAUCUCUUCCCCCAGAUGCCAGUCAGUGCCCACACUGGCAUAGGUUGGCCCUGAAACUCGGCUGUGUUGGGCUGAUUCUUCUUGUCUUGAACCUGAUUGGACUCAGUAUCUCAGUGCGAUUCUUGAUGGAGAAACCACCAAUCGAAAAGCACGGUGUGGCUGAUCAAGAGAACAGGACUGAACCAACAGGGAGAUCAGCCAUGCUAAAGUGUCCAAGAGACUGGCAUCUACACCAGGAUAAAUGCUUAUUUAUUUCUCAAAUUCUCCGACCUUGGGCUGAAGGUCUAGCUGACUGUUUUGUGAAAGAAGCCACUUUGUUGCUCCUUGAAGAUGAAGGAGAUAUGAGAUUCAUUCAGGACAUCUCAAAGAAAAGAAGACAGCAAUUCUUUAUCGGACUAAAUUAUGUACCAGCAGAGAAGAUCUGGAAGUGUAUAAAUGCCUCUGUUUUAAGUCCUGAUAUAUUACAGGUCACUGGCCAGGAUAAAUAAAGCAGCUGCGCCAUCAUUUCAGGGGCAGAAGUGCUGUCUGACGCCUGUUCUUCAGAGAGCCGUUGGGUCUGCCAGAUGAUGCUGACGCAUGUCUGAAAUCCCAUGCCCUCACUCCUGAUGUGAAUCUCAUCUCUAUGACACUACCACCCACACCAGAUCACUGUACUCAAUCUGUCUAGGCUGUCAGUCCUCCCAGUGCACAGUCAGUGGCACAAAGCAAGGACUCUAAAACCACUAUGACUCUUACAGAUGCUCACUUCCGAUGUCUUUAUUCUGUAAAUGUAAAUGUACACAGACACAGAUUUGCUAGCCUAAGAGAGGUGCUCUAUAGAAGGAAGCCCAGGCCAGCAGGGGGCGCUAGAGGCCUUGUGUGGCCUCUGUGCAUGAAGUCAUCUGCAGACAGUUGCAUAGAACUGUUUGCAGUGUCCCCAUCUGUGCUCUCGCUCCAAGUUUUGUCACAUCUGCACUGUAGAACCCUGGUUAAAGUCUUUGCUCUUGACUCUUGACACCAGAGGCCCGUGUAGUGAAAUAGCUUGGGAUGCAAAGUUUUUUUUUUUUUUAUUGACACCUCUAAAUUAAUUAAUUAGCAGUUGACUUAUGUGAUAAUGACAGUGACUCUGAGUAAACUAAGCUCUGUCUGGAUGAUGUCUCCCACCCUGCUGGGGUCCACCAGUAGAACCUGGGCAGAUUCUGGCACGUUGGUUAGUCUCCAGAGUGUGAGACAGGGGUGUCUCUUCUCACCUAGUUUCCUGUUAUGGCAGCAAAAAUGGACUAAGACAUGACUUUGUCUCUUCCCAUCAUUCCAAAGUCCUUCCCAUUUUACCAUUAUCAUUCCUUUCUUCCUCACCCCUCUAUAGCUUACGGCUCAUGAACAAACUGUAGGAAGUAUGCAGCUGCCUAUUUGAUUAUUUUAGUAGAAAAGAAAUGACAUCUUUUCAAUCUUCACUGGAAAAAUUAAAUAAGUAUUUAUUAUGGCAAACCUCUUUAAUGCCACUUUACUGAAAAAAGCCAAAUUUCCCAUAGUAAUGAAAAUAAAUGACUGAAUUUACUUUAUAAUGAGAUUUAAUACAAUGUCUGUUAAAAUAGACAUCUACAGAACCUAAUCACUCAAUGUCAAAUUUAAUUACUUAUAUUGAGGUAUGUGCUGUGAUCCAAAUAAAACUUCAUCUAAAAGUAA